GUCUUACUUUAGAUACAAUUCUACAAAAGGUAAGAAAUCUCAUGAUUUGCUAAUUAGUCGGUCUCUGGUUGAUACGUGCAGAGAUUCUCGCUGUGAUACCCGACCGGUUACGGAUAUUUCGGUCUUCCGUUAUUCGGUCCGAUAAUGUUUCCUCGAGCUUGAUCGGAGUCGAGGUCGGUUCAUCGAGCUACGGGCUCGAUAUCUUGAAGACAUAUGCUCUAACUUCGUACCUUAGUUCGUUAUAAUCCGAGGUCGAUCUUCAACCCAUCAUAAUUCGGUCCCGAUCUAUCAUGAGAUGAACCCGAUUUCGACCGUAUACAGUGUUAAAAGGAAAAUGAAAGAAAAACACAACAAUGGCAAUAAUGCCAUGUCAAAGUUUACCCCACUUUGAAGCCACCUUUUUAAAAUUCCACGCAAACCACAUACGCAAAAGUCACUCUACAGUCUACACACACUUUUCACCUACACUACACACUGUCUCUAUCUCAGCCUCCUCUCCUCUCCUCUCCUCUCCCCUAAAGCAAAGCAAAGUCGUAAAACAAUAGUGACAAAGCAAUAGAGAGAGAGGAGAGAAGAUCCUUUACCAAUUACUCCUCCUCUCGCUACUUCUCCACCUCCUCCUGCAACUGCUUGGCGCAGAAAAAAAUAUGACUCAGACCGUGAAUGGCACCCACCAUAACUCACAUCCAGUACCACUUCAAAGUCACCCUCAUUACUACCCACCUCCUUCUUCUUCAUCAUCAAAAGCUUCUUUCAAAGGCUGCUGUUGUUGUCUCUUCCUACUUUUCUCCUUCUUACUUCUCCUCAUUCUCGCAGUCAUACUAGUUAUCGUCCUCGCCUUGAAGCCCAAGAAACCCCAAUUCGACCUUCAACAAGUGGGUGUUCAGUACGUGGGUAUCACUCCCAACUCCGUCAUUGCUGCUGCAGCGUCAUCUGCCUCUGUUUCUCUCAAUAUCCACAUGGUCUUCACCGCUGUCAAUGAUAAUAAGGUGGGAAUCAAGUACGACGAGUCCAGGUUUACUGUCAUGUACCGCGGGAUUCCACUUGGAAGGGGAAUCGUUCCCGGGUUUUACCAGCCCGCUCACAGUGUUCGGCGGGUCGAAACUACGAUCGUCGUGGAUCGGGUCAACUUGCUCCAGGCCGAUGCAGCUGAUUUGAUCCGUGAUGCGGCGUUGAAUGACCGGGUCGAGCUUCGGAUUUUGGGUGAUGUCGGAGCUAAGAUUCGGGUCCUUGGACUUACUUCACCCGGUGUACAGGUAUCCGUGGAUUGCGCAAUAGUGAUCAGCCCAAGGAAACAGGCUCUCACCUACAAGCAGUGUGGAUUCGAUGGCCUUAGCGUAUGACAAAUACUACUAAUAAUUAACUGGUCUGCCUUUGGAACUUUUCCAAAGCUACAUUUUCUCUUUAAUUCCACAAAGGGGAAAAAGGGAGAUGUACAAUUAGUAGUAGUCUGUAACAAGUGCACAUGCAUAACAUUGGGAAAAAGGUUUAAAAAGAAAAGGCGCACAUGCAUCUGCUUCUACUUCAUAGAAAAGCAAAUUGAAGCUAAUAGCAUGAAAAAUGACAAGUUGAACCAGUAACUGUAGCUAAAGGGUAUCUUGUUAUUAAAAUAGAUUUUUUUUUUUUUCUUUCUUUUUAAAGAUUUGGACUAAUAGGUAUUCCACGACUCAUUUAUUGUAUUCAUUAAUUAUAGUGUACCUUCUAAACUCUAGAGGUCCAAUGCUAGAAUCUGCCAAGUUUGGGAAAUUAAUAAACCUUAAUCUUAUGCGCAGUUA